UUUUUGAAAGUAUAGGAUGAAACACCCAAAUGAAAAAUAGGAGAUGCAAACUUAAUCUGUUCCUAAUAGCAGAGUUGGGCCUAGGCCCAAAUGAAAAAGGGUAUGACCAGCGGAAAUUGGUGGUGCAGAAGCAAGCAAAUAUUUUUUCUCUCGUUUUUUGGUUUGGCCCUCGUAGGUCCAGCAAGGCUCAGACAGCAAACAAAGGGUGCAGCAAAAGGUUUUUUUUUUUUUUUUUAUUAUACAUUAUUUUUUUAAAAAUAAAAAAUAAACGGCCAAACCAGGGGAAUCGCCUCCGCUGCACGCACAACGCCACCACCCGACCGGCCACAGCUCCCGUCCGGCAAGCCCUAGCGUCGCCGGCGUCACUCUCAAAUCGCCGGCAGCCAUCCCCUGAAGCCACCACCGUCAACCCCUUUUCUUCUCUCUCUCGCACUAGCCUAGGGCUGCGCCACCGCACCGCCGGCGACCACCCUGCCAACGUCAAAGCCGCUGUGCAGCGAACACCAUUUCUCACGCGUUUCUUCGCACCAUCCGACGCAUCACGCCAUCAACGGCGGCGCCACCACGGCGACUUCCAAUCACGAACCUGCGGCAAUUCCCCCACGUUCGAACCUCGUCGCACAGCACCGUUCUUCUUCUUCUUUGGUGAGCGAAUCAAAAUUGAAAACCAGCCAUUGCGAUUGCGCCGCUUUCUUGUUCAAAAUCCAUGCUGUGGUGUUCUUCUUCUUGUGCUCCGACGACAAUAGAUAGCACCGGUAUCAGCUACUUCUUACUUCCCUGUGAAACGACAGGGCCGUAUACUUGUAUUCAUCAGUAUGCGCAUUGUUACCGUCGCCAACUCUCUCAAAUCACUCCGCAGCCUCCACUUCCUUAGAGUCACCUCUUCUGCCCCCCUUCAGUUCAAGGACAAACAGCAGUUUGAAAUACAACCACGCAGCGCCACCUAUUCACCGGAUAAUGAUCACAUAGUUGGAAAAUCAACACUGGCGAUGGACCUCGCCUCUGUACUCGAGGAACCGAAGCCGAAACCGAAACCCAGGAAUCGGAUGGAGCUUAAGCGGUUUUUUGAGCUCCGAAUAGAAAAACGGGUCAAGGAGCAACACACCAAUGGCAAGUUCCACGACCUUAUGACGUGAUUUCCAACGCAGAAACCCUUCGUGAUGCUUACAACUGCAUCAGGAUCAACUCGAACACCCUGGACGCGACUUCAAGUUCGAGCCACGACGCUUCAUUUUUGGAUGACCUAGCUGAAGAGCUCGAGAAA